GACAUACAUAUAUACAUGUAUGGACCGAAUACAGCGCCGCUCUUCGGAAACACCUGUUUCAAUGAAUAGUGAACCGCUAAUAGUCGAAAAUAAGGCGCGAUAUCAAGAACUUGAAAAUACUAAAUAUAAACAAUGCUCACGGUUAAGUUGUUGGAAUUAGGAUGGUCCAAGACAUCUAAGGUUUUUUGACAAAAAAAAUACAGAAGAGAAAUCAAACACACGCAAAAUACCGAUCCCGCAGGAAAUUUUUGUACCCUCUAAAUCUACGGGAUUUUUCUACACCGAUAUCUGUCAACAUUAGCACGUGAACGGUUAACGUUAUUUUCAUCUAGUAUGUAGAUUUAUGGACAGUUGAAGAAAUGGAUGGAUACUUUUUGAAGUAUCACGUUCCUGAGCUGAUGAAAAUACUUGAAGCUGAAGAUGUAACAAAGCAUUAUUCAAUAGAUGUGAGUUUUAUAACAUUAUUUGAAGAAAAUCCGGAUAUUGGUAAUAAAAUUCUACACCGACCAAGAGAACACUUACCACUGUGCGAUCAGGCCGCACUAAUUGCAGAGGAAAAAUUAUGCAACGGUACAUUAACUGUGAAACAGAAAAUUCACACACGAAUAACUGGAAUCCCAAUAAAAGUGAACGAAGGUGAAAUUGGAGAGUUUAUUUGUGCCUCAGGGAUUGCCGUGCGGACAUCACAGCCAACUAUCAUCAAAGUUCGCCAGUGUUACGUCUGUCGUAAAUGCAAACACGAUACAAUUGUGGAGUUGGAAUGGGAGACUAGGAAGUUCAAAGAAACCAAGGAAUGUUCGGCGUGUCAGUCAAAAAGUAUCUCAACCAAUCCGACCUUGCAGCACUUUGACAGUUCUGACUAUCAAGAAAUAAAAAUUCAGGAAAACCGUCAAAUCGACACACAUAUCACACACUCCAGCGGCGUACGGGUGAUUCUUCUGGAUGAUUUGGUCGACAGAUGUAGACCUGGUGAUCACGUUGACGUGUGUGGAGUGGUGGUUAGGCAAUGGGACAAUCUAGUAGCGGGAAAACGAGCGGAAGCAACCACAUUUGUGAUGGCCAAUAGCGUCACUGUUCGCAGCAAAAUGAACGAAGCCCAAUUUUCGAGUAUGGAAGCUAAAGAUGUUUUUUCCAAGUACUGGGAAGCGCAUGAGGCCCAACCUUUGAUCGGAAGAGAUAUCAUACUUGGUUCAAUCUGCCGGCAGGUCUAUGGCAUGUACACCGUUAAACAAGCACUCGGUGUCGUGUUAGCUGGUGGAGCAUCGAAGACGCAACAGUCUGGUACACGCGUCAGAGGUGAGUCGCACCUACUACUGAUCGGAGAUCCAGGUACGAGCAAAUCGCAACUUCUUCGCACCGCAGCUAGACUGGCAGUUCGUUCGGUGUUGACAACUGGGAUCGGUUCGACAGCAGCCGGUCUGACAGCAGCAGCGAUCAAGGACGAAAGUGGUUGGCAUUUGGAAGGUGGGGCAUUGGUACUGGCUGACGGAGGAGUGUGUUGUAUCGACGAAUUUUCUUCGAUGCGUUCCAACGAUCGAGGCACUAUACACGAGGCGAUGGAACAGCAGACGAUAUCUGUGGCCAAAGCUGGACUGGUGAGUACGCUGAAUUCACGGUGCACUGUAAUUGCUGCUACGAACCCAACCGGCGGACGUUGCGUGAAUGGCAAAGAAGUGACAACGACAUUAGGAGACGCUCUUCUGUCCCGUUUCGAUUUAAUUCUCGUUUUAAGGGACAAUCGAAACGCUGAUUGGGACAGAAUGAUUUCGGGCCACAUUCUAGAAGCCCGCCAAAAAGAAAUUACAGAAGAUAAAAUCAACGUCUUGAUCAGCCCAAAAAAACGACUGGAGAUUAUGGAAUCGAAAAAUUCGUGGACCGAAGAGACUCUGCGAGACUACUUUGCUCUCAUUCGUACAAUGAAACCGGUGAUGAGUCCGGAGGCUUCUGAAGUGAUAAGAGCCACCUACCGAUACCAUAGAUUAAACCCUGACCGACGGGCUGAGAGAACAACCGUGCGUCUUUUGGACAGUCUCGUUAGGCUAGCCGAAGGACAUGCUCGUCUCAUGUACCGAAUGGAAGUAAAAGUGAUGGACGCUAUCGUUGCCGCGCAGCUUGUGGGAAUUGAGGAUCUCAGCAAUAAUCAUAGUUCCGCUACGGGAUGUCCAUUUCCAACAAAUCCGACUGACGUGUAUCGACAAGAAGGUGAGGAAAUUCUUAACAAGUUGAAUCUAGACCACCUUAGCGACUCCCUUUAACAACGUCGAAGCUGGACCUAGCUUACUUUAAUUUCAAAGCGUAAUACAACAAACACCUAGUGGAACCGUAGAGAAAUAAUCAAGCGGUUAUAUUUUUAAAUAAAUUGUUAAUUCAUUGAAAAGUCUUUUAAGUUUGAUUAAAGUACAGCCUGUGUCGAUAGUAAU